AUGAGGAGGAGAGUGAAACCCGAGUGUGGGACGCCGGAGUGGAAAGGUUCGAAGAAGGGUUGUGACGGGCUACCGUCGUGCUCCUCUUGGGACGGGUGCCGCCCCGCCAGUGCCUCGUUUCUCGCGUCCCGUGGACUGCACCAUCAUGUACUAACUCGCUCCCUCUCUCUUGUGUUCCAGGUUGCCGUCUCCAGCGCCUCCGCCACGCUCCGCACCGCCCUGGACGGCCGCGCCACCCUGGGCGAGUCCGUGGUGCUGCUCCCGGACAGCUGGCCUGACUCUUGCGUGCCUGCCCCCGCCGGCCAUGGCCCCAACGGCGUGGCCGCGCCGAGCAUCUCCCCGUCGAGCGGCGAGACCCCGGACAUCUCCGUGCAGAGGGUGGACCCCGCGUACGGCGCGCUCCUGUACACCCAGCAGUCCCGCGGCUGCGGCCAGCCCGGCGACCAGAUCUACCUCAGCUACAGCCUUCUGGAGGAGCCCGUGUCCGAGCUGGGCCGCCGCUUGGCGCGCGAGCUGGCCAAGUACCGCUACGGCGUGUUCGACGAGGCGGGCCACAGCGCGGACCCCGUGUACCCGACCUGCUACAGCGGCGACGACACGGAGCGCCUGUCGCUGACGAGCUGCUCGGACCUUCCCCUGGACGGUGACCACGGUGCGUGCCAAAGCGGUGCCGUCCCCAACCUCACGCAGCUGGUGCAGCCCUCGGCGCGCUCCUCCCUCAUGUUCGCGCCCGGCCUCCACCACGUCGACCACUUCUGCGACGCCAGCACCCACGACCGACUGUCGCCCACCAAGCACAACGCGCUCUGCGGCCGCCGCUCCGUCAUGGAGGUCAUCAACGUGCACGACGACUUCCAGAGCGCCGACCAGAACAAGAACAACUCGGCCGCCCCGCCGGCGCCCACCCCCGCGCCCUCUUUCGUCUACAAGCGGCAGACGCUGACGCGCUACGUGCUCGUCGUGGAGGAUACCAAGGACAUGCUGGUCCGCGACUCGUGGCUGUUCCUCCGUACCGCCGUGCGCAAGUGGGCCAACCUGGACCUCCCCGUCAACGCCGAGGCCGGCCUGGUGCUGGUCAACGACUCCUCUGCCUCGCGGCUGGUGGCCAUGCAGGCCCUCAGCUCGCAGGCCGCCCGCGGCCUCGUGUCCUCCAACCUGCCGUACUCGCCCGGUGACAGCCACGCCCCCGCCUGCCUGUCGUGCGGCCUCCGCGAGGCCCUCGACAUGCUCGAGGAACGCGCGCGCCUCGGCGGCCCCGCCAGCUCCGUCGUCAUCCUCCUCGCCCCCGGCACCGACGCCCAGGCCGACCUCCUCGCCGCCGCCAAGGACGCCGCCGCCAAGAGGAUCCGCGUCGCCACCGUCAACUACCCCGGCGUGAUGAGGGGAGCUCCCCUGGACGCGGCUGCCGUCGCGACCGGGGCGCCCGCCUUCACCGUGGCCGAGAAGGGCUACAACAUGGCCACCUCUAUGCUCGGCACUUACUUCGGCCUCGCCAACGCCCUGGCCGACGUGACCCGCCACUUCUACCAGGGACACCUCAACAACCUCCCCAUCGAGAUCCACCGCAGGGAGCUCAACGAUCAGUCCAGCGCCACCGGCACCUUCGUCCUGGAGGAAGGACUCGGCGCACCCGCCCGCUUCGCCGUCUACACCUACAACACCGAGAACCCGCUCAUCAAGGGCCUGACGCUCAUCUCCCCGAGCCAGCGCGUGUACACGACCCGCUCCGAGGGACUUAUCUCGCUCAAGAUGCUCACCAUCGCCGCCAACAUCAAUGAGACGGGCACCUGGCAGUACACCAUCGAACGCUUCCGCGGCAACCCUCAGCCCCACUUCGUGACGGUGACGGCCACCCCGUGGUCCGCCCUGACGCCCGUGGUGCGCGCCCGCCUCUUCACGUCCACCGGCCCCGGCCCCCUGGUGCUGUACGCGCAGGUGACCUGGGGCGGCGCCCCCGUGCUCGGCGCCGCCGUCGAGGUGACCGCCACCCGCCCCGCAGUGCCCGGCCAGGGCGUCAACGGCACCGCCUCCGCGCCCUACCGCGAGAAGUUCAUGCUCCUCGACACCGGCGGCGGCGACCCGGACCUCACCCGCGGCGACGGCGUCUACUCGCGCUACUUCAGCACCCUCAAGGGCGGCGCCGGCGUCUACACCUUCGAGGUGACCGUCACGGACAACGGCAACACCGCCUACACCUGGAAGGAGAACCGCAACGAGGACGAGCUCGACGGCAUCGGCUCCUGCUGUGGCAGCGCUCUCCGCGCCCCCGCCGUCGCCAACCUGUCGCCCUUCCAGCGCGUGCUGCCCCCGCUCACCGUGGCGCUCCCCGACGCCGGCUCGGUCCAGUCGCAGACCUCCCCGCUCUCGCAGCCCGGCCGCGUCGGCGACCUCCGCGUCGACAUCCUGGGCUCCGCCCUCAAGGCGCGCCUCUCGUGGACGGCACCGGACAUGGGCGGCCUCGACGUGGCCCGUUACGAAGUCAAAUACGCCUCCAAGCUGAGCGACUUGAUGGACAGCUUCGACACCAUCGCCUCCACGUGGAACUACGGUUCUCCCUUCCCUCUGGCCCCCGGCUCAGACACAAGCUUCACCCUGGACCUGAGCCGCGACCCCAGCCUCCUCGACGAGCCCUUCUUCGUGGCGGUGCGCGCCUUCCCCGAGGCCAGCACCGGCGCCUCGGCCGGCCCCGUCUCCAACUGGGUGCGCAUCCUGGUGCCAUCGCCGCCGCCGCCGCCCACCCUGCCGCCUUCCUCGCCUUCCUCGAACGGCUCGCCCGACCUGCCGCCCUGGUCGCUGGAGGGUGACUCGGACGACUCGCCGGUGCCGCGGCUCGCCCACGGCCUCGACCUCGGCCUGGAGCUGAUCCUGCCGGUGGUCGGUGGCGUGGCCCUGCUAGCCGUGUGCCUGGCCGUGUACUGCUACCUCUGCGUCCUCCGGCGGAGCCACGGCGGCAGCGGCAAGAAGGGCGGCGCCCCGCAGCCCGUCAAGAACGGCGCGCCCGCCGGCCUGGCGCCCAGCAGCGUGGUGGUGACGCCCCACGCGACGCACGCACCCCUCGCCGGCCCGGACUCCAGCCCGGGCAUGGACCACAAGAAGAGGCUGAGCCUGGCCGACCCCAUGUCGCAGGACGGCGUCAUGACCAACGGCCACCCCGUGAGCGCGCCGCACUCGCCGCAGCACCUCAGCCCCUCGCACUCGGCCGGCCAGAUGGGCCAGAUGGUGGGCCUGACGGGCUCGCUGCAGCGGCCGCGCACGCUCAGCCCCUACCAGUCGUGGACCGCGUCGCAGCUGCUGCACGAGCACGAGCGGAGGCACAGCCCCUACGGCGACGAGCAGGCCCUGCCCGCCUACCAGGGCUACCAGUUCCAGGGCUACCAGGGCCAGCACGCCGUCGACGGCCAGUACAUGGACCAGCAGUACUACCAGGAGCAGCCGUUCCACCAGCCGCCGCCCGUCCCCCCACUGCCUCACAUGAGGUACGCGGACGAGUCCGUGUACGGGGUGCAGACCCCGCCAUCCCAGCAGCAGCAGCCCCAGCAGCAGCAGACGCAUGGCUUCCUGCACAGCAAUCGGCUGUUGCCGUUCAACCCCAGCCUACAGGGCUCGCUCAGCUCUGUCAGUAGUGGUGACCGCAAGAAAAGGAACGUUACCAUGGUGUGAUGUGAUUAGCAAAGAGUGAAUUGCUCAAAGUGUGCACCCGGUGCAAGGUUAGUGUGCGGUGAGGAACAAUGAAAAAUGAGUCAUACUGCUAAGUGCCUCCUUCAGGGGGAUCAAGGACCCUGACACAAGUAGUGUUCACUCUCUUCUUUUUUUCUGGUUUGUUCUCACCCCAAAACUGUGAAUCAAAGUUGUGUUUCUGUGGUGUGAAUGUGUGGAGAAUGUAUUUUGCUGGUAGUCCUUUUAUGGUCUUCCAAUGUUUCCUCAAUCUGUUGCACAGUAUUUAAAUUGUCAUUUUCUAGUCUCUUCUUUUGGCUUCUAUUCCUCUGUACAAUUUGAUUAUUUUGUACAGUAUUGUGCAACAGACUGAGGUAUUUAUGUUGUGCCAGGAGAGACAGCAUGAAUAUUGUUAUAGUGCGUUGUAGUCAAUUUUUUAAUUAUUUUAAU